AACCGUUAUAUGUGUAAAGAUGAAACUUUCACCAAAUGUGUAACUAAUAUUCAUAACUCAUUUCCCAAAAUUUCAGCUCGAUCCGUCUGGCGGAAAAAAAGUCGAUUUUUCAAGCUCUCUCAUAAUGUUCUGACAAACCUGUUGUACUAUUUGACAUCGAGGUCAAUACGCGAUUGACAGAAACAAAACCAUUUGCUGAUAUUACUGACUUAGCCGUUAUACCCCAAGAGGCUGAAAUAUUAUUCAUGGCUGGCAGUGUAUUUCAAAUAAAAUCUGUCAGAGAGGACGCUGACAAUAGAUUAUGGAUAAUAACACUGGUUUUAUGCAGCGAUCAGGACAAUACAUUACAAGAUGUUUUUAAUUCACUGAGACAAAAGAUUUGUGGUGAAUACCUAAAUUUCAUUUCACUCGGAAACAUAUUGAAAGAAAUGGGAAAACUUGAUCAAGCUGAACAAUGUUAUCGAAAAUAUCUCCGUAAAGUGAAAAAGGAUGAUUGUAAUUUUGGACGGUGUUAUGGGUGUUUGGGACAAGUAGCUCAUGAGAGAGGUGAUAAUAAAGAAGCAUUAAGUCUACUGUCUCGAGCGCUUGAGAUAGAACAAAAAAACCCGAAUAAAGAUGAAGUUCUUGUCAGUGUUAUUCAUAAUAACAUUGGUAAUGUACAUUGUGCCACGAAUGAUUAUAGAUCUGCAUUAGAAUGUUAUACACAAUCAUUAGAAAAUCUCAGGUCAAACGCAACUGAAGACAAUCGCAUGCUUUUAGCUGACACAUACGGAAACCUGGGUAACACUUAUUGUCAUCUAAAGCAGCAUGAUGAAGCAUUAUCAUAUUAUAAUCAAUGUUUGAGUAUACAACAAGUGCUAUCACCAAGCGAUCCGAGAACAGGUACAACAUUAAUGGACCGUGCACAGUUGUAUUCUGACACACACCGAUAUGACGAAGCAUUAAACGAAUUCCAAAAAGCUUUAGUAAUUCAACAAAUAUCGCUUCCAGCUGAUCAUGAAGAAAUUGGUAAAACUCAUUACAAUAUUGGUCGGGUAUAUGAACUAAGUAGUAAAUAUCGUCAUGCUUUAGAAAGUUUUGAGAAAGCUUUCAACAUUUAUAGGAGAACAAUUGGAGAAAGACAUUCUAGUUCAAGUAGAGUUCAAGUUGCAAUCGAAAGAGUUCAGCGCCAUCUGGUACCUACAUGA